AAGAAGAAGAAGAAGAAAAAGCCUAUCUCCAACAACAACAACACGUUUCCUAUGCGGAACGCGCAGUUAUGUCCUGGGUUAAAGCCGCGUCUAAAAGUGAGGACGACAUAUUUGAGGAGAACGCGGACGAACUUCGACUUUUAGGGAAAGAAUGGGAAGCCAAUAUGAAGAGAAGAAUCAGGGAUGGGUAUGUGGAUGGUGCUGAUGCUGGGGAAGAGGCUGCACUGGCAGAGGGCUUCAGUGAAGGCUUCAGGGAAGGAGCAGCUAGGACUGUAGCUGUUGGUCGACUUCGAGGGAUUGUAAGUGCUAUAGGUAGCUGGCACCAAAUCCAGCACCCAGACCAUCCCAUCCCCACCUCUGUCAAAGAGCUCCUGCAGCGUGUGUCACAGCAUGAACAAGCCAUCAUAGACCACAUCAGUAAAACGAUGGAGAACCCCCCUCCGAGUGUGGAAGAUGUGUCGCAGAGCAUGGAGCACCUGGAGGUGGCACUGCAGGCAGGCCCAGCAGGGGGUUGCCAAAACAGCGAUUGCUGCAAGAAAGUAAAACUAAUGGACACUGAGUCUCCUUUCAAGUCGGAUUCAUUUCAUUCCGCAUGUAGCGCAAGCUCGUCCGCCUGUGAAGACGAAUUCGGUCAGCUGCUGCAGCGAUGUGGGGAUCUCGUGUCAGAGAUGGAAUUGCCUCUGGAGCUGCUGGAGCACAUAGAAGAACUGAAGAACCUUGCUAUGUACGGUGAAUAAUGGGUGACCACUCCUUAUGCAUCAGUCGAUGACGUCUCUGCAUGCAAGAGGUACUGCUAGCUAUGGACUGGACUCUCACAUUAUUAAAUGUAUCCACUCUGCAUCACAUCUGCGGUCCCUUCCAAGGUUUCUUUUUCUUCCCAUUGGGUUGAGCUGUUUCUUGCCCUGAUGUGGGAUCUUUGCCGAUGAUGUCGCUGUGGCUUGUGCAGCCAUUUGAGACACUUGUGAUUAAGGGCUAUAUAAAUAAACUUUGAUUGAUUGA